GGAACUAAAUUUAAAAGUGAUCAAUAUGGAAAAUCCACAAGUUUUGUCUUUAGAUAUGCUAAAAGGUAUCCAUGAUGAGGUGAGCAGUCAAAUAUGCGGUGAAGUCAAUGACCAUAUUGUAUCCUGUUUAGAAAUUACAGCAUUGGAUGAUGAAAAUGUAACCAGUUUAGACGAACUAUUACAAAGGAAACGAUAUGCAUUUGAAUGCCUAAGAGCAAUUUCUUUUAAGUUUUCUGACGAUUUUAUCCUUAUCUUUUAUGACAGUAUUAUUACGUCUUUACAAUUACCCAAUUCUGAAUCAGAAGUAAAUAAUGGUAUAACAAAAUUGAACGAAUUCAUGAAUUCGCCUUCGUCACUUAAAGAGAAAUUACUUUUAUUGCAAUCAUUUCUAAUAUGUUUGUGUGAAAGUGACAUAACAUUAUCUUUGUUCCAACAGUUCAGUUCGCAUUACUGGCGUAGAAAAUUAUUGUUAUUUGCUUUGUAUAAAAAGAAUGGUGCUCUUGAUAUAGAAACCGUUGAAGCUAUGACAAAGGCAAUUGAGGAACUUGAUGAGUUUUUUAUAGUAAACGGAUUCCAUUGGAGUAUGGACGAUUUUUUAGAAAAAUUGGUUUGUCACCCAAAGUUAAAUGUUUAUUUCACUUUAGAAGUGUUUCUAAUAAUACGUUUGCAACCUGAAAUAUUUUACAUCCUGGGAAGAGAUGCCGCUUUAUUUGAAGAAAAAAUUAUCGAGUUAAAGUAUUUAUCGUUUGUGCAAAAUUGCACUAUUGCGGAUCUUUUGUCCCAAAAUAAGUUUGACUCCUUGCAAUAUAUUUUAACUUUUCCACUCCCGGUUGUAAUAGGUAUCGCGAGUAACAUGACUUCUAAUAAUUUUGAGCCUAUGAUAUUUUUCGUCGAAUUGCUAAAAUGUAGUGGAUUUGAACAAAAAAAUAGAGAUGAAUUUUUGGUCGCUUUAAACUUCGAAGAUGACGUAGAAACAUUAAAAUCGAAACUUAUUUUUAAUAUUGUAAAAGAAGUAAUAAGCGUCUUUUUUUCUCGUUAUAAUUAUUUUAAAGGUAAUCAAGUGACCAGCAAACCUGUUGAAGUGUGUAUAGAAUGUAGGUGUUGCGAUCCCCAAAUAAAUUGUAAACUUCAUAACACUGAAGAAUGUUGCAAUUUAUUGCAUUCCUUAAAUAGAUUAUUACCUAAAUUUAUGUUACAUUUCACCGACGCGGAAAUAAUUAUAGAUACCAUCAACACAAUCUUCACAAAUAUCAAUAAUUCUAAACAAAUGUUAUCACUUAUAAAUGGUUUAGAAAUACUGGAAGAAUACGACUUUCAUUUAGAUCAAUCGGAAUUCAACAAUUUGCUAUUAAAUUUCACUUCUAAAAAUUAUGUACAUAAGGUGCAUCAAACUGUCGUAGAAAAUUCUUUCUCAGGUACUUAUGAAAAAUCACGCGAACAAGCAAUCGAGGAAAUUGAAAAUUUAAAUCCAGAACUUACUAAUUCCGUAAUUGAGUUACUUAUCGAAGUUACUGAGGCAUAUGAAAAUAGAUCAUGCUUAUUUCCAGACCAGGAUCGUAUCAAUACAUGGUCUAAAAGUCAAAUAGAGGUAUGGGCUACCUUAGCAAGACAAACUAAAGUCAAUGAGGCUGAAAAAUUAGCCGUACUCAAACGGUUACUCAAUGUUACUAUAGGAUUAAGCUUAAGAGAUGUCCAACUAUUAGUCGUGAUUGCCAUAAUUAAAUCGAAUGUGGGUAAAGGCAGGUUAUGUCAGGUCAAUACUGGUGAAGGUAAAACCAUAAUUAUUGCAAUGGUAGCGGCAUUUAAAGUCUUAGAAGGACAUACGGUUGACAUUUAUACUAGUUCGCCAGUUCUAGCUAUUCCACAAUCAUUGGAAUUUACCGAAUUCUUUCAAGCCUGUAGUAUAUCCGUUACAAAUAACAUCAAUCCAAAUUCAGAUUACACCUGCAGUGUAAUUUAUGGAACUAAUAGUUCAUUUCAAAGAGACGUCCUCAGUAGUGAAUUCAGAAAAAGUAAUGUAAGAAAGAAUCGCCAAUUCGACGUUGCAAUAGUUGACGAAGUAGAUAAUAUGCUCAUCGAUGGUAACAAUUGGAUUUUAAAGUUGACUUCUGAUAUGCCAGCAAUGGAUCAUUUGGAGACUGUAUUGGCUGCAAUUUAUAUUCAAGUCAAAUCAGUAGCGAGUACAUUAGUAGAAAAAAAUGGAGUCGUUUAUUAUAGAGAAGAAGAUGAAGCAAUUCAGGAAAAUGGGGAUCUUAAACCGGAAGUUAAAUAUAGAGAUAUUCCAAUUGAAGAAAGCAAAAGAGACUUUAUUAUUAGAUGUACUAAUACCCAUAUAAGAAAGUUAAUACGUGAUACUGAUCACGAAACGGCAGAAGAAGGCUAUCCCGAAAUAAAAAUUCCAAAGCACUUACGGAAAAUUGUUACAAAAAAACAGUUGAGCAGUUGGAUUAAUAGUGCUGUAGAAUCGAUAUUCGAUUAUGCUCAAGAUGAAGAUUAUGUUCUUUAUGAUGGAAAAAUUACUGUAGUCGAUACAAACAAUACCGGAGUUUUGAAAAAAAACACCACUUGGUGUGAUGGCUUACAUCAAUUUUUGCAAAUGAAACACGGAGCUAAAGUGGCACCGGAGAAUUUUACAUCAAAUUUCAUAUCUAAUGUCGCAUUAUUCUCUCGGUAUUCGAAUAUUUCCGGCUUGACUGGUACUCUAGGAAGCAAAGAUACUAGGACAUUUUUACAUGAAACAUAUGAUGUCGACUCUGUUAUUAUUCCUCCCUUCAAGCUUAAACAACAUAAAACACUGAAGCCUAUUAUUUUGCGUGAUAGAGAAAGUUGGCUUCUUAAGAUUGCACAAAAUUGUAUCCAGAAGCUGAAUGAAGGCCGUUCAGUUUUAAUUAUUAUGAAUUAUAUAAAAGAAACAGAAGAACUAGCCAAGGUGUUUACAGAGAAAUUUAAUUACAAGAAUACCAAAAUAAAACUUUAUACGAUGGACGAUAAUUCACAGGUGGUUGCGGCACCUAUGAAUCCAGGAGAUGUUAUAAUAACGACAAAUAUCGCUGGAAGAGGAACUGAUAUAAAAUUGAACAAAACAAUUGAAAAAAAUGGUGGCUUACAUGUAUGUCUAACAUUUCUUCCAAAAAAUUCAAGAGUAGAAGAACAAAAUACAGGCAGAACAUCAAGAAACGGCAAUAGAGGAACAAGUCAAUUAAUUUUACUUGUGCCUAAUAAUGACUCUAUAUGUAUCGAUGAUUUAAAAAAAAUACGGUCCAAGAAAGAAACGUCCCAAAUAAAAUCAGCAACAAACACUGUUAAGAGGGUGAAAAUAAAAGACAAAAUUUUCAGGCAAUUCUGUGAUUGUUUAAAUGAAAUACAAGGACGCAACUCGAUGGUUAAAGAAUCUGAACUUAAAUCGGUGGAAGAACAAUUUGCUUUUUGGAUAAAGAUGCACGAAGAUGAAUUUGAUAAAAAUGAUACAACGAUAUUAGAAAAAUUUGACGAGUUCAAGCAAUCUGUCUUAGAAGAUAACAGAAGAGGAGCAUUGAUAAAAAAUCCAUAUUUUUUUGUAGAACUUGGUAAUAAUUAUUUGCAAAACGAAUAUGCCAAUGCUAUUUCUGAAUAUACAAAUGCUAUUAAUUUAGAUGAAAAUUUCUCAGAAAAUGCUUAUUAUAAUCGCGCCUGGGCCUACUUAAAACUCGAUGGACAUGACCAUUAUUUCAUAAACAAAGCGAUUAGUGACUUUAAGGCUGCUCGGAAACUAAUUUGCGAGAAAGAAAACGGUUUGCAUCUGAUGCAAACGGCUUCAAGAAGUGAUGUGUUUUCUGAACAAAUAAUGAAUAAAUUAAGUCUUUACAACAUACAAAAAAAUGUCAUCGAAAUGGCAAUUGGACCGGAUAAAGAAUCUAUUAACGCACAACUAAAAGAGAUAAAAUCAUAUCUAGAAAAAUCGGAUGACUAUGAACAAAGACAAAAUUUAAUCAAAGUCAGAAAUAAACUCGAGGAAGACAAAGAAAAUAUCGGCGUUAUUGGAAGAGCAAUAGAGAAUGAACGCGACAUAAAAAUAGAACCUCUAUCAGAUGAUUUACUACCAAAAGAAGACAAGAAAAAAUAUAAACAGGAACUUGAAGAGUUUGAAAGGAAUGGUUGGAUUAAAGGUUUUAAAAUAACUGAAGUAAAGCCCAUAGAUUGGCUGAGUGUUAUUAGUCUUCUUGGAAUAGGAUUUGGACAACUAGUAAUAGGCGCAGCAAUAACUGUCUUUAGUCUCGGUGCAGGAUCCUCUAUUGGCAUGGGUCUUAUUUCCGAAGGUGUAGGUGAUAUCAUAACAGCAGUUAAAGAUGGAAUAAUAAACAGGGAUUUUGACUGGGCGACAUGGGCCUUGAUGAAGGUUAUAAGUUUGACUGUAAGUGUCGUAUGUGCAGGACUUAAAGCAAUCAAAGACGUUGCUCGCACAGCUUGUUCGGGUGUUAAGAACCUCGCUACUUCAGGUAUGAAAGCUUUCAAUAAGAUGGCAUCAGAAGGAUUUAAAGUUGCUGCAAAAAGACUUGGCUUUGAAUUAUCAAAGGGAGUAGCGAAGGAAAUAGUUACGCAAUUAGUUAAUUAUGGCAUCGAUAAAAGUUUAAUUCCUUUAAUAGAAGAAGCAAUUAUUGAAUUGAUAAGAGGUCCUAUUGAAAACGCACUUAGUACAAAUUCAAAAGUAAUAAGUAUGUUACAACUAGACGUGAAAAAUAAAAAUCACGCGUUUGAAAAUCAAAUAAGAGCUAUAGGGCAGAAGUUGUUACAGCCGGAAGUAAACAGUAAAAUAAAGACACUAGCUAUGCACACUAUUGGCUGUUUUACGGGUAACUUAGGUUUAGGCACAAUUCAUAAGGUUCUAACAAUACUUAAAGGUUCAGUUGAUUUUGGUACGUUUACUAUGGAAUUCAUAACUAAAUUAAAUAAAGAAAUAGGUAAAAUCGAAUUCGAAGAAGAAAAAAGCUCUAGUGAAAAUACUGUUCAAGAAAACGAGAACGCAGAAACACUAGAAGAAUCUGAAAAACGGUCUAAUGAUGAUAUAGAUUUGAGUAAAGUAACAGCACAAGAUGAACAAGUACAUCAAAAUAGAAAACAAUGCACGCCUAGUGAUUUAUCUUGUGAAUUUGCUGGUUUAGUAUCUACGAAUAUGAUUCAAAUUAUGAAAGGAAAUAUAGUGUCACCUAUUACCCAAAUGGCGGUUAGCUACGGUGUUGAUAGCUUAUCUUCGAAAGUUUAUCAUUGUUUAGAGACUGAAACGGAGAAAUUUAGAGCAGGUAGGCGAAUUUGCGACGAUAAUAAUCGCAAAUAUGAAAACACUAGUACAAACGACACGAAUGUUCAAGUAAGUGAUGAGCAUUUGGCAGAAGUAAAUGCUUUAAUUGAUCAAAUUGAGUCAGGGGGCCCAGUAACUCUUUUCCAUUUAGGUGCACUUAGUAAGGCAGCUGAUACUCCCAUAGAAAUUUAUGACCAUAACGGAGACCUUAUGUUUCCUGUUCGCAGCGAUAAAGGCGGAGAGCCAAUCAAACUUCAGUAUCACGGCCAAGAAAAUAACAUUGGACACUUUACACUACUCGGUAAAAGUGAACCCUUUGUAAUGGGUUCAGGAGACAACAUGUGUGCAUUCAAUUGCAUCGCUCAACUAAGUAACAAAGAUCCAAAUCAACUGAAAGCCGACACCAUCAAUAUAUUGAGAAGCAACAAACACGUUGUCGCCUCUCGGCUCGAUGAUAUUAAAAUGAUAGAGACAGUCCAAAACUCAGUUUUCAAUGUGAAGGGUGGAUCACGUUAUUACGGUAAAAAUUAUUUAGAUGCAAUGCAAUACAUUUCAAGUUCAGAAGGAAAAUACGGGUUUGGUAACACAAAUGCCGGUCAUCCAGAAAUUCAUAUUUCGUACAAAGGGGACCCGAAAAUCAGAAUGGCUAUGGUUUCAGAUGCUAUCGGGAAAAAAAUUAUAGUAAAAGAUAAAAACAAUCGAGAGUUGUAUAGAACUGGCGAUCACCAUAAGGGAGAUCCAGUAAUAUUCCAAUUCAAUGUAGAUAAAAAGGAUCCUGAUAAAAGUUAUUUCUCCGAACCGGGCAGCACUGAGAAGUUAUACUUCCAUGAAGGCAAUGACGCUAAAUUUUAUUCAUAUCUCGGAAAAAAAACUAAUAACAAACCUGAAGAUAUUAAAAAGAAAACAACUAGUAAUCUCGAUAAUCUUAAAGUACCACAAAACGCCACUUGCGUGGAAAACAAGCCUGCAACCAGAGUGCCACCUACAGGGUUCUUUACAAAAGAAGAUGAAGGUUUCGUUUUAGAUUACGUACUAAAAAGUAAAAUGGUCCAAACAAAACUGAACCAUAUAAACCAAUACAACGCUAAAAGUAAAAAUGGUAGGAGCUAUACUAAAGCUCAUCUUACUAUUCCUGUACAAGAUUUAGCUAUGCCUCGUGAUGUGAUCGCAGGCCAAUGGAACAAUGGCAAACUGAUUUGCAAAUUUCCAGUUAAGAGUGUUUUUGUUUUAUUACAACACCACGACGGACAUCAGAGCAAUAAAAACGCACAAGUACAAAUUCAAACAAUAUAUCCUAUAUAUUAAAAAGAAACAUAAUUAUAUUUUGUUGGUUAUGAGUGUGGAAGGGUACAUCGGUAGAAAGAAAAGGAUGGAUUGCGUGAAAUGUGCCAUGAUCAAGAAGGGAGUGAUGACUGGGAUGACAUAUGCAAGAGUUAUGUGCAGAACAAAAACCUGUUGCGCCGACCUUACGGGAGUAGGAUAAAGAUGGAGAUGAUGAUGAUUUUGUAAUUAAAUAAAAUAAAUAGUCCUAAGCGAAUUAUUUUCUAAGCAUAUACUUGAGAUAUCAAUUAACAUAAUAUAAAUACUAUAUUUUUUAUAUUUACCUUUUUUUU